UUCUCUUCUACGCUCGUUAACUGGGUUAAUACCAUUAACGGCAUGGAAGUUACUCAAUUUUUGUUGGGGCCAAUCAUCGCGCCCUUUAUAUUGGGGUUGACAACGAUAUUUUUGCUGUAUUGGUUAUCCACACGGAGGCACAGUUAUUGGAAAGACAGAGGAGUUAUUUACGAUAAACCUCUUCCAUUUUUUGGAUCUCUCUUGCAGUCAUUUACGAAGAAUUUUGAAGCAUGUUUUCUUUUAUACAGGCAUUUCGAGGGAACUCAGCCUUUAAUAUCUGUUGGAGAUCCCGCCCUGUUGAAGAACAUAAUGGUUAAAGAUUUCGGUUUCUUUACGUCUCGAAGGAAAUUCGAGACUGGAGAUUCAGUGUUUGACAAAAUGGUUUCUGUAGUCCAAGGUGAAGACUGGAAAAGACUUCGCACCAUUAUCACUCCCACCUUUACCACAGGAAAAAUAAAGAGGAUGGUGAAUAUUUUCAAAGAUUGUUCAAAAACUUGCGUAGCUAACUUCAAAACGUAUGCGGAGCAAGGGAAAUUUGUUGACUUAAAAAAGGUUUAUGGUGCUUUCACGAUGGACAUCAUAGCUAGUUCUGCUUUCUCUACAAAGCUUGAUUCACACAAUGAUCCAGAAAAUAAAUUCGUAAAAGCAGCCAGAGAUGUUUUUACCAGUAACUUUAACUGGAGAUUUGCUUUUUUCCUGCUGUUUCCCCAAGUGGCGAAAUGGUUUCGUAUGCAUAUUUUCUCACCUAGUGGAAUGCAUUUUUUCAAGAAUUUUACUUUGGAAAUCAUCAAAGAGAGGAAAAGAACUGGAAAGAAAAGGAAUGAUUUUUUGCAACUCUUGGUGGAUACCGCGGAUGAAGUAGAGGAACUAGAGAAACAAGAAGUUGAGAAGGAAAAUUUGACUGAAAAUUACGGUAAAGACGAUACAAGUCACCAAGUGUUUAAGGGUGUCAGUAAGAAAUCCCUCUCUUACGAUGAGUUAACAGCAAACUGUGUCAUAUUCUUCUUGGCUGGGUAUGAUACCACAGCCUCUACCUUGUCCUUUGCUAGCUAUCUAUUGGCUCUUAACCCAGAUGUUCAAGAAAAACUUAUUGCUGAGGUAGAUGAAGCACUAAAAGCAUCAAAUGGCGAAAUUACAUACGAAUCUAUUCAGGGGCUCAAAUGCUUGGACAACGUUAUUUCUGAAACUUUGAGACUGUAUCCGCCUGUUAGCAGGUUAGAAAGACUUGCAGAACAAGACUACGUUCUAGGAGAUACGGGAAUUACCAUACCAAAGGAUAUGAUUGUUACGAUUCCAACGUGCGCCAUGCACAAGGAUCCGAAGCUUUUCCCCAAUCCUGAAAAAUUUGAUCCUGAUAGGUUUAGUGCUGAAAAGAGAGCUCAAAGAGAUCAGUACGCUUACAUGCCUUUUGGAUCGGGACCCAGAAACUGCAUUGGCAUGCGAUUCGCCCUCAUAGAAAUGAAAGUUUGCCUUGCGUAUAUGCUUAGUAACUUCAGGAUCAAGAAAUGUCCACAAACUCAGGUACCUCUGCAAUUCUACAAUGGGCAGCAACUUUUACACGCUAAAAAUAUAAUUGUUCGAAUGGAAAUCAGGAAGGACGGCAUUAAAGCCCGCUAGAACUCGUCAUAUUAAAGGAAAUGUGAUGGAAACGUAAUUUCAAGAACAUGUUUAAGUAGUAAUAAGCUCAAAACUUUAUGCUAUGUAUAAAAGAUUUUUUACGAAGAACUUUGUCAAAAUUUUUUCUUCAUCAGCUAUUAUUAUUUUUACCUUAAUUGUAUUACUUUUAUUGGAAUAGUGAAUAUUUUACAUUGUCACACUGUAGAAAUUUUGAGCUAUUUACUUAAAAAUAAAG